AUGUCACCUCCAAAACAAGAUCGUAGCAUGAUGCAACUUCAGGAGAGCGUAAAUGAUAUUGGCAAAGUACUGAAGAAUUUUGUAGGAGAGUUCACCUCAUGGAAACAGAGCGUCGAGACCAGACUCCCCUUGACCCAAACCCCGAACCAGAUCACGAACCUUGCUUCGCCAGAAGCAGGUUUCACAGCACCCAACAGACCACACUCACAGAUGUCUCCUUCAGCAUCACAAGCAUUGACUCCGAUCAAGCAAGAGUCCAUGUUUGCUUCUCCUCAGCAACCAGCAACACCGGCUGACAGCGCCAGAAGCGAGCACAGUGGUGCAACGGGACUACCACCCAAGGAGAAGAGCGGAUUACAGAGCGACCACACCACACCAGCACAUAAACUGUUCGAGGAGUGGCCCUCGAUGGGGCACUUCUGCCGGAACGUCGAAUAUGUUGAGAAGUUGAUCGAAGGCGGCCACGAGGUGUCAGAGUACCCAAUGCUGCUCGAGCAGGACCGAGGCCUACUUCGCGUUUGGGGAGUUGGUGAGGGCCAAGAUUAG